CAAUAGCCUCGUGCGUCGUCUUACCGGUGGUAAGCCCUUUUUCUCAUUUAUACUUUGUUUGGCCCAAAUUCUUACUCGCAAAAUGACGCUUUAUUGCCUGCUGCCGGUUUACUGGAUAUGAUGCAAUGCUCACUAACAUUCUACCUUCCUGCACAGUUAUUAUAUCUUGACAACAUACUCCCACCAACAGACGUUGGUCUCGAUCUAGUGUUCACCCCUCGUAUACACGUGUAUACUAAGGAGAUUGUCGAUCGGCUGGUUAGUGCGGAUCAGGAAGCUGGAGGGGAUGGCACGCCCCCGUUUUGCAACCUCCCUCUGCGACCGUUGGAGAGCACUUGCUAUGCUAUCAAGCAACCCGGCAAGGGGAAGGGGCCAAUGGUUGAAGCCAUCAGGGCGCCGGCGUACACCUUCCCAAAUAUGUCUGCCAUCAUCUGGCCACACCUAGGUGGGUUGCCUAAUGAACAGAGGAGUAGCUUGCAAGAAUCCAUUGCCGAGUACGACAGGCAGGCGAAAGAGAGUGCAGUGGAGAUCGAGCGCCAUUUCAGGAUAGUUGUUGACAAGCAGCAUAUGCUAUGUCAGCGUGUAAUUGAUGCGCCACAAGCAAACAGAGCAGCAGCACCCCAACCCAUUGUGCCUCAGCCCGCCCGAUGCCAAGAAGUCAACCGGAGGCAAAGCAACGUGCAACCCACCGGCGCCGAAACCAAUCCCAAUGAAGAGGAUGAGCAGCAGCAAUAGCAGCUGCAGCAGCAUGGGUGCGUCGCUAAACCGAGUUUGCUUGAUCAACACACAGAUCACCCUAACGAUCCCACGCAAGUGAGCCGGCCCAUGCAUGCAAAUUGUGCCCUACGUACCUCCUGUGCGUCAUGAUGCAGCAGAUCAGGCCCAGUCUUGGAUUGCUGACUCACCGGUUCUGACACAGCGCACACCACCCCCACGGACAGCGCACCCCUCACAACUGAGGAAGUUGCCGCUCAAGAUCCAAGGCGCCAGACACCGUGGAAGACACACUAGGCGUCGAGGCUGUGUGUGCGAUUGGUAUUGAUCCAGUUGCUUCAACCGGCAUUCAUAUGGAACAUGCUACUAGUGCCGGUGAACAACAAUCUCACCCGACGGAGGAAACAACUGAGCUGCCCCACGCCGAAGAUACCACGCGAUGUAAGGAGAAUUAGUUACCCAUUAUAUCGUUAUACAUACAUCAGCAAAGUGAUAUCCUUGUAGUACAUUUCAUUA